CACGACGCGCCCGACGCGAUGGGUCAAGCGCUGACGAAAAACUGCUGCCAGCCGGAAGGCAUGGACGACGAGGACGACGAAGUGAUCACCGCGGAGGAGUACGACCGCAUGCGACGCGAGUCCGAAAAGAUGCGAGCGUCCCAGAGCGGCCGCGUGCGCGCGUCGGACACGCACAAGCACCGGCAGUCGUCGCACCGCCAGAGCCGGUGACGCUGAUGAGACUGGGGUGAGGUCAGGAACGAACGUCGCGAGGACCGAGGAUCGCUCGCCGCGCCCUCGGGAUCGAUCGAACGCCGGCGCCGCGUUCGCCGUCGCCGCCGCGAUCGAUCCCGCGCGCGCGCCGUCGCCCCGGCGUCCGCGUUCGUUCCCUCAACGAACCGCGCGCGCGAGAUGAUCACGUGGCAGCAGCUGGGGUAUCACGCGAAGCCCGUGGGGGUGCUGAACGUCGCCGGGUACUUCGACCUGUUCCUGAAGUUUCUGGACGAGUCGACGGCGCGCGGGUUCAUUCGACGCGAGGCGCGAGCCAUCGUCGUCGUCGGGGACACGCCCGCGGAGCUUCUGGAUAAGUUGGAAACGUACGCGCCGCCGCGGUCGCUGAUAGAGUCGCUGGCGAAGGAAAACGGCGGUGGGGGGGGCGACGCGAAGAAGUGAGGUAGGCACGCGAGGGAGCGACGACGAGAGGGGGAGGCGCGGCGAGGGCGUCGCGGCGCGUUGAGUUAAUAAUUUAUCAUCGGAAGCGGUCGACGUC